AAAAAAAACCCAGAUUCGCGAACCAAACCCUCCCAGAAAAACACAAACAUCAUCAAUCCAUGGAAGAGAAGCGCCGUGACGCCGCCGGAGCUCAGCCGCCGUCAAAUGCCGAAUCUCCGGCCGCCGAGCCAUCUUCUGCUCGGCGCCGCGGCGGAGCCCAGAAGAGAAAGGCCAGCAGCCUCGGCGGCUCCACCUCUUCAUCCACGCCGUCCAAACGCUUCACUCGCGAGAAGGCUAUGCUCUCUCACCCUCCGAUCCACAAUGGCCCUUUGACCCGGGCCCGCCAGGGCCCAAGCAGCCUUGGUUCGGCUUCUGCGUCUGGGGCUGCCGUGAAGCCGACGGUAGCCAAGCGGCCCGACCCGGUGGGAGAGGCGGUGGCAGAGCUGGUGAAGAGGGAGAGCGAGUUGGAGGCUCUGGAGGCUUCUAUGGAGGCUGAGUUUGAAGCCAUUAGAUCUCGCAAUGCGAAUGCUCAUGUGGUUCCAAGUCAUUGUGGUUGGUUUUCAUGGACAAAGGUUCACCCCAUUGAGGAGCAAAUGUUGCCAUCUUUCUUUAAUGGGAAGUCUGAGACGAGAACUCCUGAUGCAUACUUGGAGAUACGUAAUUGUAUUAUGAAGAUAUUCCAUGCGAAUCCAGGCGUAUUUAUUGAAUUGAAGGAUUUGUUGGAGCUUGAAGUUGGCGACUUUGAUGCUAGACAAGAAGUAAUGGAAUUUUUGGACCAUUGGGGUUUAAUUAAUUUCGACCCGUCCCCACCAACAGGUUCUGCUGUGGCCAGUGCCGAGGGUGAUGGGUUGGCAGAAAAGGAUUCUUUGGUUGAUAAGUUGUAUCACUUUGAAGCAUUACAAUCACGCUCAUCAGUUGUUCCAAAGACUAAUAUAACAACCCCAACUGUGCCAUCUGGGUUGUUUCCUGAGUCUGCAAUUGCUGAAGAGUUGGUGAGGCCUGAGGGACCAGCUGUUGAGUACCAUUGUAACUCUUGUUCAGCUGAUUGCUCACGCAAGCGCUACCAUUGCCAGAAGCAGGCAGAUUUUGAUCUAUGUACUGAUUGUUUUAGUAAUGGGAAAUUCGACUCUGGUAUGUCUUCAUCAGAUUUCAUUCUUAUGGAGCCUGCUGAAGCUCCUGGGGUAAGUGGUGGGAAGUGGACGGAUCAGGAGACUCUCCUUCUCCUUGAAGCACUAGAACUUUAUAAAGAAAACUGGAAUGAGAUUGCUGAACAUGUUGCAACAAAAACAAAAGCUCAAUGUAUAUUGCACUUUGUUCAAAUGCCAAUUGAGGACACCUUUCUUGAUUAUGAGGAUGAUAUUGAUGCUAGUGCAAAAGAAACUGCAGAUCCUACUUCAACUGACAAUGAAUCAUUGGCCCCCAAGGAUGCCCCCGAAACAACAGAGAAUAAGACUGGUGCUAGUGAGAGUGACCCCCAAACUUCCCCAGUGGAAACUUCAAAAGAAGUGACUGAAGUAAAUGUUGGACAAGAUACUUCAAAGCCAGAGGAUGUAAAUGAAGUCAAAGUGGGUGAGGAAACUUCAAAAUUGGAAGAUACUGGGGAAUUAAAAGUUGAUCAGGAGACAGAUGAGAGCUUUGCACUGAAUGCACUUAAAGAAGCGUUUGAAGUUGUUGGUUAUCCUCCAACAUCUGAAGGUCAACUUUCAUUUGCAGAAGUGGGAAACCCUGCCAUGGCAUUGGCAGCAUUCCUUGCACGUUUGGUGGGACCUGAUGUUGCUAUUGCUUCAGCGCAUAAUUCUUUGAAAUCCAUAUCUGCCAGUUCUCCUGGCACUGAGCUGGCUACAAGGCAUUGCUUUCUAUUGGAAGAUCCACCAAGUGACAACAAGGAACAAGCUGGUCCUGAUAGUGUUGUUGCCGAAGUGCUGAAAGACAAAGUCCAGGAAGACAUAGUUGAUGAAGACAAAAGCCAGAAAGAGGAUAACGCCACCUCAGGUUUGGAAGAUAAAGAUUUAUCAAAUGAUAAAGGUGACAAGAUACUUGAAAAACCUUCUCCCGAAGAAAAGUCACAAUCUGCAGAAGAACAGGAUGGCAUAGUUUCUCAUGAAGAAGUAGAAGCUGAUAAUUUGAACAAAUCAGACAAUUUAGAGUUACCAAAGGACCAAUCACCAACUACUGUGGGGAAGUUGGAUGAUUCAAAACUCGAGGCAGAGAAUCCACCAAGUUCUGAGAAGGAGUCAGGAGAGGGAAUUUCAGUAGGAAAGCCAUCUGAACCUACAGACACACCUAAGGAUGUGGAUAUGUGUGAUUCACUUCCCUCAACAAAGGAUAAGCCUCAGCAGCCAGUUACAUCAAAUUCAGUUGAGGAACCUCCCCGUUCUACAGAGGCAUCAAAAGAUCUGGAUGUGUCCAGUUCUCUGGCUUCACAAAUAAAUGAGCCUCAGCAACCGGUUACUGCCAAAUCAGAAGAACCUCCUCAACCUACAGAGGAAUCAAAGGAUGUAGACAUGGUGUCUGACCCUCAGCCCCCAGAACAGGAUGAUUCUCAGCAACCAGUUGCAUCAAAUUCAAUGGUUGCAACUGGAGCAAGUGAGGAUCAAACUAACGAUGGUAAAAGUGAAAAACAUGACACUAUAGAGACAAAAGUGGAUCAGAAAAUUGAUAAACUAAAGCACGCUGCAGUUUCUACAAUCUCAGCAGCUGCAGUGAAGGCAAAACUUCUAGCAGAACAGGAAGAAGAUCAAAUCCGCCAACUUGCAGCAAUGUUGAUAGAGAAGCAGUUGCAUAAGUUGGAAGCGAAAUUAGGUUUCUUUAGCGAGAUGGAAAAUGUUGUAAUGAGGGUGAGGGAGCAAUUGGACAGGUCAAGACAGAAGCUCUACCAUGAGCGGGCACAGAUAAUUGCAGCCCGCCUCGGCUUACCAGGUUCCUCAUCUAGACCAAUGCCAUCGUCAAUGCCUGCCAAUAGAAUGGCUAUGAAUGUUGCAAACUCAGUUCCAAGACCCCCACUAAACAUGACUUCCCUAAGGCCACCUAUGUCAAGACCCAUGGGGCCAACGGCACCAACCUCAAGCCAAUUUUCACCCACAGCCUUGGCAGGAAGUUCAAUAAGGCCUCCCAGCCAGGACAAACUUUCUUCAGUCGGGUCGAAGUAAAACACCCGAGAACAUGUGAAUAUAAUUAAUCCAUUCCUGUGGAGCGGGGUGAUCACGUAUCUUUUGUACCAAAUGAGUUCGAGAACGGCAGAUUUGGGAAUUCUCAUUAAGAAGUUGGAUAUUGUGCUACAACUGAAACAGCCUCUGCCCAUGUGGCGAUUGCCAUUGAUAAACAAGAUAAAGGGCUUUCUGGAGAGAUUUUCAGCAAUCCACUAUGCUCUCUUUUGUAACAUUAUCUUUAAGCUCUGUAAAAAUUGUCGGGUGAAAUGCUAAGCAAAGGAAAAAGGAGGGAAAGUUGGGAGGGGAAAGGAUCUCUUUUUUAUUUUUUUGUUUUUAAUUUAUGUCCACUGACCACCCCGAAAUCCCAUAUUUAAAAUGCUAUUUAUGAGUCUUGUGUAAUUGAGUUUCUAACGAUCUGAUAAUGUGCUCCAAUGACUUUCUCAUC